AUGUACGUGAGCUCGCUCUUGGAGAAGGAAGCCAGCAUGUACCCAGGACCUGCCAGGGCCAACAACACCCUGCCCGUGCAGAACUUCGUGUCUGCUCCAGCCUACUCCGAGUACAUGGGAUACCACCCUGUGCCAGCCCUGGACAGCCACGGGCAGCCGGCCUGGGGCUCCCACUACGGCCCCCAGCGCGAGGACUGGAGCGCCUACGGCCCAGGCCCUUCCAGCGCCGGGCCCGCUGCCCACAUCAAUGGCUCGUCCCCUGGCCAGGGCUCCUACAGCUCUGCUGAUUACAGCUCCCUGCACCCCGCUGCUGCUGCGGCCUUACCUCCUGUAGAUACCAUUAAUGCCCAGCAAAUCUCUCCCAACAGCCAAAGGCACAGCUCUUAUGAGUGGAUGAGGAAAACGGUGCAAACCAACACUGCUGGUAAAACAAGAACAAAAGAAAAGUACCGGGUUGUUUACACAGAUCACCAGAGACUGGAAUUAGAGAAGGAAUUUCACUGCAACAGAUACAUCACAAUCAGGAGGAAGUCAGAACUCGCAGCAAACCUGGGACUCUCGGAAAGACAGGUGAAAAUCUGGUUCCAGAAUCGCCGAGCAAAAGAGAGAAAAAUGAUCAAGAAGAAAAUCUCGCAGUUUGAUGGCAGCGGGGGCUCAGCUCAGAGUGACUCUGGUUCACUCAGUCCAAAUGAACUGUCAAAUUCUCUGUUCCCACCACCACAUGGAAUAAAUGGAUUACAGCCUAAUGACAUUCAUCAAGUCAUAGUUUCAGAAUGA